AUGGUAGUGAAGCUGAUAACUUUGUAUUACUACUUCCCUCUUCCACGAUUUAGAAUAUCUGUUCAGAGGGUCUACGAUUCGCAAACCAGAGGGUAUCGGCCAACAAUCCCUGACAGUACACUCAAAGAGUACAGAACUAUCGGAGUCGCAAGCACCGAGGUGCCGAGUCACGAUGUCCAAGACCUCACGGAACGCGUGCGCGAGUUUUGUCGACGCUACGCCGAACAACAGAACGGGAGGUUGGAGAAAAUGAACCAGACGGCAGCGGGAGCGUUGAACAUUAUCUACAAGAACUACAAGCACCUUUUAUACGCGGUAAAUCCACGCAACAAUCGCAGCGUACUGUACUGCUCGAUUCCCAAGGUUGCCAACACGAGCCUCAAGACUCUACUGCUAAGCCUAAACGAGAGUCACCGCGGCAAGUACACCGAAUCGACUAUGCACUACUAUGUCUACAAAGCCAUGGGGCUUCCGUUCGUGUUGUACAGAAACGACGUCAAAGCCAGCGAUCUGGCCAGCGCUUUUAAGGUGAUGUUCGUACGACACCCUUUCGAACGUCUCGUGUCUUUCUUUGAAGACAAGACGAGAAGAACGGUGCCGACGGGGAAGUACUUCUACUACAGGUACUGGAACGACGCCAUGGUUCGUUUCAGAGGGGCCGAGAACGUGGAUAGGCGCAAAGAUCUCAUCGCGUUCGAGGAAUUCGUUGAUCUCCUCCUGAGCAUCAGACCGUCAAACUACGACUUGCACUGGCAACGUUACAGCGAUCGUUGCGAGCCAUGUCUCGUUCCGUACGAUUUCGUGGGCACCUUGGAAGACGUGCCGGUGAUGUACAGUGCGCUUGGAAUGACUAAUCGCUCGCAGUUGUGGGCGAACAAGGGACCCAGUGACACCAAGAAUGUGUCCCUAUCAUUGGUGGAGGUGCGGGGUACGACGAACCCCACGACGGAAGCACUACUACCUGGACUUCGCCGCAGCCGCCGUCUUGCCGGACUCCCACCAUCGCCGAUCGAGAUGUCUCACGACCAGAGCGCUGGUGCUUCGAGGGCGACAGCGAUAGGUUCCUUGCCUUACUAUCGAGUUCCGCCGAACUUUGGCGGGACCUCUGGAGAAGACGUGGACGAGUGGCUGAAGAAAUACAAGAGGGUGAGCUGA